GUUGAUUGCACGAUUUUUACUUGUUAUUAUACUGCGCAGGGCUAGCUGUUGCCGGUGCAAACUCGUGUCCAGUUGAUCACGCUGGCUGCCCCCUUCCUUUCGUAACACGCAGUAGGCGAAGGAGAGAGGAGAAGAGACAAGACAUGGCGGCGGACCUGUCCCGUGUCCCCGCCGAGGUGCGGGAGAGGAUCAGAGAGCUAGAGGGAGAACUGAAGGAAGGUGACAUCACACAGCAGGGGUUUGAGAAGAAGAAGGCAAAGCUCCUUUCUCCCUAUCUCAACCAGCCAGAGGACGACAGGUCAGAGUCCCCGGCCCCAGCCUACUUCAGGCCUCCCUCCAACACUGGUCACUACUCUGUCCAGGAGAAGACAGCUGACUCCAGAGCAAUGGCGGCGGCAGUCCAGGCAGCCCUGGCCAGUAGAAGCUCCCAGGAAGACAACGUCCCCAUGUCGUCUCGGAGAGCCACCAUGCCAGACACCAGCCUCUCUCCCUCCUCCAGUUUCAUGGACGAGAACGGCAGUGUUUCUUCUUCCGUCGCCAGUACUCCUGUCAAACCUCCUCCUCAGCAGCAGUCGACUCCAACCCCGCCUCCCACUGCCCCCAAGACAACGAGACCACGCCCAAACCCGCCCAACAACCAGGGCUCCCUGCGGAUGGUGAAGGGCGGGAGCAGCGGUGCCGCCAUGAUGACGGGGCCCGAGACCGUCCUGAGCAGUGCCCCGGGCGGGAAGGGUGGAGUCUCGCAGAAGAUCCAGCAGCUGUUGAACACUCUCAAACGGCCAAAGAAGAACAGACGUCCCAUAGAGGAGUACUACCAAGACCAGGACACACUGGCCCCAGAGGAGGACCCGAAUGCACCGAAGCCGGUCGGACCGAACAUGCAGCCGGCAGUUGGUGUCCCAGUGGAGAGUCGGCACCACUGGCACCGGAGUCUGGAGGCUGCCGUCCAACACUACUCCUCCACACUGGCCAAGAGCCCCGCCAUCAGUGUGGUGGACCCUCACGGGAAGGUCUCGGUCGCCGCCACUUACAGUAAGCUCACUAACAGAUCUCAGAGAGUGGCAUCCUACAUGCUGAACAAGCUGGGAGGAGGGAAGAUGGUGCAGCCGGGCGACCGAGUGGCCCUGGUGUUCCGACCUGACGAGGCCGCUCAGUUUGCCACCGCCCUCUACGGCUGCAUCUUUGCGGCUGUCAUCCCCGUCGCCAUCGAGCCUCCAGUCACCAAAGAUGACCCAGGGGGGCAGCAGGUGGGGUUCCUACUCGGCAGUCUUGGGGUGACAGUAGCUCUCACGAGUGAGGCCACGGCCAAGGCACUGCCCAAGGAGGAGGGCAAAGACCACAUCAUACUCUUCAAGGGGUGGCCGAGACUGACGUGGUUUGUAACAGAGCACCUCCCGAAAGUGAGCAAGGACUGGUCCCCACCCCCCAGACCACAGGCCGACGCCCCCACCUACAUCGAGUAUUCAACGAUGAAGGACGGGUCGGCUCUGGGUGUGGCCGUGACGAGGUCUGCUCUACUCACUCACUGUCGCUCCCUCAGCACGGCUUGUCUCUACAAAGAGGGAGAGGUGAUAGUAUGUACGGAGGACCCCAAGAGGUCCAUUGGUCUGUGGCAUGCGGUCAUGACAGCUGCCUACAACGGUCUCCACGUGGUGUACGUCCCCCCUAAUGUCAUGACUACACUGCCCACCGCAUGGCUGCACAUGAUCCAGAGACACAAAGCGACGUGUGUGGUGACAUCCUCACGUGCCCUGAACGGCUGCAUAUCUCUGGCCAACCACAAGGAGUUGAAGGACCUCAACCUCGAGGGAGUCAGAAUGAUGCUGCUUGACGAUGGAGCCAACCCAUGGUCGCUGGCCUCCAGUGACCUAUUCUACGAUGCGUACUCACCCAAGGGGCUGUCUCGACAGGCCCUCUGUCCCUGCGCUGGAUCUCCCGAGACCCUCACCGUCUCACUCAGAAGACCGGUGUCGACCACUACAACAGGAAGAGGAGUAAUGUCCAUCUCUGGUCUCAGCUACGGAGUGGUUCGUGUGGAGGAACAAGGAUCCAUUACCUCUCUCACCCUUCAGGAUGUUGGACUUGUCAUGCCCGGAGCUCGUGUGGUGGUGGUGAAGGUGAGUGGACUGCCAAUCCUGUGCAAGACGGACGAGAUCGGUGAGAUAUGUGUCCAGAGCACGGCCUCAGGCUCCGCCUACUGGGGACUCCAGGGAAAGAGCACACACACCUUCAGGGUGCAGCCACUGAACGCAAAGGAGGUGGCCGUCACCACUGGUGUCUAUGUUCGCAGUGGACUCCUCGGAUUUGUGGGGAACGGAGGGUUGGUGUUCAUCUGUGGGACUCUGGAUGGUCUCAUUCAGGUGUCUGGUCGCAAACACAACACCGAAGACAUCAUUGCCACUGUGAUGGCCGUGGAACCACACUCAUUCGUCUAUAGAGGAAGAAUCACGGUAUUCUCCAUCAAUGUCCUGAGAGACGAGAGAGUGGUGGUAGUGGCAGAACAGCGGCCGACCUGCACGGACGAGGAGGCCUUCUCCUGGAUGAACAACGUGGUCCCUGCUGUCGAAAGCAUCCACGGACUCAACCUCUACGGCAUUGUCCUUGUGCACCACAAUAGACUGCCCAGGGGCUCCAACGGAGUGGUGCACGUCCAGGAGACCAAGUCACGGUUCAUAGACGGCACUCUUCACCCCGUGAACCUCCUCAUGUGUCCUCACCAGUGCAUCACCAACCUCCCACUACCCAAACCACACACCACUGUGAAGGGGGCGGCCCAGCUGAUGGGGGACAUGGUGACUGGUCGAGUCGCCGAGACCAAGGGCCAGAGCCUGAGCAUCCCGUUUGACGAGCAGGACGGAGCCGGGAAGUUCAAUUACAUCAUCGACGUCCUGGCCUGGAGAGCUCAGUCCUGCCCCGAGAACGUUCUCUUUUCGAUGGUGGACUCUAAGGGCCACACGACUCGCUCCAUAAACUGCAUCACGCUGCACAAGAGAGCGGAGAGAAUAGCGGCGUUCAUUGUGGAGAAGCUGAACCGAGGGAAGGCCAAGAUCAGAGGAGAGCAUGUGGCGGUCAUCAUGCCUUGUGGCAUCGACCUGGUAGCCACGUUCUUUGGCUGUCUAUAUGCCGGGUUUGUUCCGGUCACAAUUAGGCCGCCACAGUCCAACAACCUUCCGGCCUGCCUGCCCACCAUCAAACUGACGCUGGAGAUUAGCAACGUCCUGGGUGUCCUUACCACCCACAAUAUCGCCAGGAUUCUCAAGUCCAAGGAGGCAGCACCCCUGCUGGACUCAAAGUCCGUCCCGCCACUCAUUGAACUAGACGACGUCCCCAAGAAGAAGCUGGAGAGUCUCUACAGAGUCCCGUCCCCCGAGAUGAUUGCCUACAUCGACUUCAACGUCUCCACGACGGGCGUCCUUUCUGGAGUCAAAGUGUCUCACACAGGAGUGAUGGGAAUGUGCAGAGCCCACCAACAUGUCUCAGAAUUAUAUCCGUCCAGAGAACUGGCUCUCUGCCUCGACCCUUACUCCGGGUUUGGCCUGGUCCUCUUCAUCUUGUCCAGCAUAUACUCUGGUCACCACAGCUAUCUCCUCAACAUCUAUGACCUGGAGUUGAACGCCUCUCUCUGGCUCUCUGUCAUAUCGACCCACAAGAUCCGCGACACCUACUGCUCCUACACUGCCAUCGAGGCCUGCUGUAAGGAGCUCGGCAGUGCAACCGACAUGCUCAAGAGUCGAGGUGUGGACCUGUCUUGUGUCCGGUCGUGUGUGGUGGUGGGGGAGGAGAGACCACGCCUCUCCCUCCUCUCCUCUUUCUCGGCCCUCUUCUCUCCCCUCGGUCUCGGGAGCCACACCAUCUCCACCAGCUUUGGCUGUCGGGUCAACCCCAUCAUCUGCCUACAGGGUACUCAACACCCAGAGCCGUCCACGGUGUACGUUGACCAGAGGGCCCUGCGCGUGGACAGAAUAUCUGUGUUGGAGAGAGGAGCUCCCAACUCCGUCUGUCUCCUCGAGAGCGGGAAGGUGCUGCCCGAUGUCCGGGUGGCCAUCGUCCACCCGGACACCAAGGCCCCCUGUGCCCACACCGACCUUGGAGAGAUCUGGGUGUGCAGUCCUCACAAUGCCAGCGGAUACUACGGUCUCCGUGACGAGAUAAACGACGCCCUCUCGCUGGAGCAUUUCCGGGCCUCGCUCAACGGGUCUGGGGACAAGUAUGCCCGCACCGGGUACCUGGGGUUCAUGAUGAAAUCCGACAAAGUUGCACGGAAUGGAGCCCCACUGGAUGGAGUCUACAUCGUAGGUUCUCUGGAGGAGGCCCUCAACAUCAGAGGUUUCCGCUAUCACCCGGCAGACAUUGAGGCCACUGUCGUCCGCUGUCACAAGAACAUCAUCGGCAGUGCGGUGUUCACGUCGAACAAGCUGCUGGUGGUGGUGGCCGAGUUGAGAGGAGAAGAGAGAGAUGCUCUGGACAUGGUCCCCGUGGUAACGACAGCCCUGCUGGAAGAACACCAGCUGGUGACUGGCAUUGUCGUCAUCGUGGACCCAGGGACAGUACCAGUCAACUCACGUGGGGAGAAACAGAGAGUUCACUUGAGGGACUCCUUCCUCGGAGACCAGAUAGACCCUAUUUACGUGGCGUACAACUUGUGAGGGAACCGGCACAUGUCACCAUGAGAAAACUGUGUACACGCACCCUUCAGCCAGUCCUUACUACCAACCAACGCACGACGCACGCUAGACCUCGACUUCAUGUGACUUUCGAGACUGCACCAGUUGAUGCACAGACAGACACACGCAACAGAUUUGCUGUUACCCAUUUAAUGAUUUGUACUUUGGUCAUAUACACUCACACUCAUAAUUAUUAACCCUCGGCGCAGCGAGGGUUACGGUACUUGGUCUGUGUGUGUGUGUCUGUCUGUCAGCAGCUAUUCUCACACUAUAGGCUACGAGGCAGUCCGUGAGCGAUACCACGGAGUUCUACGGAGGCUUCACUUUUAUGGCGGGAGGUUUC